AUGAAAGAGGUGGUGAGAAAGGAAGUUGUGAAGCUGUUAGAUGCAGGUCUUAUUUAUCCGAUAUCAGACAGUUCAUGGGUGAGCCCUGUUCAUGUGGUACCUAAAAAAGGAGGUACAACGGUGAUAGCUAAUGAAAAGAAUGAGUUGAUUCCUACCAGAACGGUCACUGGGUGGCGGGUGUGCAUAGACUACAGAAGACUAAAUCUGGCCACAAGAAAAGACCACUUUCCAUUGCCAUUCAUUGACCAAAUUCUAGAAAGAUUGGCUGGGCAUGACUAUUAUUGUUUUCUGGAUGGGUACUCGGGAUACAACCAAAUUGCGGUUGCACCGGAGGAUCAAGAGAAGACAGCCUUUACUUGCCCAUACGGUAUCUUCGCUUAUAGAAGGAUGUCGUUCGGGUUGUGUAAUGCCCCAGCGACAUUCCAAAGAUGCAUGACUUCUAUUUUUGCUGAUAUGCUUGAAAAGCAUAUGGAAGUCUUCAUGGAUGACUUCUCGGUAUUUGGUUCCUCCUUUGAUAAUUGUCUGGCUAACCUUUCACUUGUUUUGCAGCGAUGUCAAGAAAGUAAUCUGAUCCUAAACUGGGAGAAGUGCCAUUUCAUGGUACGAGAAGGCAUUGUGCUUGGUCACAAGAUCUCCCACAGGGGAAUCGAAGUUGAUCAAGCUAAGGUGGAGGUUAUCUCAAAAUUACCACCACCUGUGAAUGAGAAAGGUAUUCGGAGUUUCCUAGGCCAUGCGGGAUUCUACCGUAGGUUCAUAAGGGAUUUUUCGAAGAUAGCCAAACCGCUGACCACUUUGUUGGUUAAAGACAGGACUUUUGUAUUCAAUAAAGAGUGUGCCGAUGCAUUUGAGACACUGAAAAAUAAACUAGUGUCGGCACCCAUUGUGAUUGCCCCUAAUUGGUCUCUACCCUUUGAGAUCAUGUGCGAUGCUAGCGACAUUGCAGUGGGGGCUGAUUCGAAACCCAGACUACUGAGGUGGAUUUUACUUCUCCAAGAGUUCGAUGUAGAGAUUCGCGACAAGAAAGGGUGUGAAAACACUGUUGCAGAUCACCUUUCGCGAAUGUCACCCAUUGAGGAGACAGAAGAACGGCGUCCAAUAAAGGAUGAGUUCUAUCUAUGGGACGACCCAUACCUAUACAAGAGAGGAGUAGAUGGGCUGAUAAGACGAUGUGUGCCUGAGGAGGAGCAAAAGGAUGUGUUGAGAGCAUGUCAUGACUCUGAAUAUGGAGGGCAUUUCAGUGGGGAUCGUACUGCUUCCAAAGUCUUGCAGUCAGGAUUGUACUGGCCAUCAUUGUUCAAAGAUUCCCAAGAGAUGGUAAAAGAAUGUGAUAAGUGUCAGCGUACUGGGAACAUAUCAAAAAGAAAUCAAAUGCCCCAGAAUUUCAUGUUAGAGGUGGAGCUAUUCGAUGUUUGGGGAAUUGACUUCAUGGGUCCGUUUCCACCAUCAUUCGGGAAGAAUUACAUCUUAGUUGCAGUGGACUAUGUCUCAAAAUGGGUGGAGGCGGUAGCUUUACCAACUAAUGAUGCAAAGGUAGUAGUCAAGUUCUUGAGGGAGAACAUAUUUGCUAGGUUUGGAGUACCGAGAGCACUAAUUAGUGAUGAAGGAACUCACUUCCUAAAUCACCUCAUGGAGAAACUCCUGCAGAAAUACAAUGUGAAGCAUCGGAUAGCCACCCCUUAUCACCCUCAAACUAGUGGUCAGGUAGAGGUGUCUAAUAGACAGCUCAAGCAAAUUCUCGAGAAGACAGUGAGUUCGUCGCGAAAGGAUUGGGCAACAAAGCUAGAUGAUGCGUUAUGGGCUUACCGAACGGCGUUCAAAACACCCAUCGGGAUGUCACCAUACCAACUUGUCUACGGAAAAGCAUGUCACUUACCUUUAGAGCUUGAACACAAGGUGGUAGAGUUUGGACCGGUAGACGCAACUCGAAUAAAACGGCACGGAGAGUGUCCAUUUUUGGUGCAUUGA